UGCAUGCUAAUGAGGAGUUCGGGAUAUCUAAGUUGGUGAUUGCUAACCCCAACUAUUCACUAAACAGCUAUCUUCUAGGUCGUUCUUUAGGCCCCCCCUACGGCCCCCCCUAUGCCCCCCUAUGGCCCCUACAGCACGCCGGAACCAGUACAUGAUAUCCAUGGCACGUGUAUUUUCAGCUUCGUCCUUUUACAACCGUCCAACCUAAAUUUUAUCUACAACACUCAUCACACUUCUCAAUUCCCAUUCACUCCUUACGUACACACUCCUACUUAGUGAUUACCUACACGAUACGAUUUAGUAGACACAAGCAAGGGAUGGGUCACAUCCGUUUAUUCUAACAACCAACAUCCUAGAACUGUGUGAUGUAAAUCGACGCCGCGCCUCGACACGAUAAUUGUAAGUGUAUGAUUAGAUGCUUCUUUUUCAACACGCCUUCCCUUUCGCGAUGCUUUUUAUCUAAAACUUUAAUAUCUAACCAGGCCACACACAGGUUUCGUACUCGUGAAGCUGUUCAACGGCGGAAUGAUCCAAUGAUCUUCCCCGCUUGACGCUUCUCGACGCCGCUCGUUGUGUCUAGGUAUACGCCGUAUUACACGAAUCACUUGACCUCGAAGACAUUUAGCAAAAUGCUGCAGCAGUGGCAGUACAUUCUGAUCGCUUUCCUCACUAUUCUAGGUGCAAUCGUCGCCGUUCUCUUUUGCGCUCACUGGGGUGGUUGGACCGGCUUGUCUUACUAUUCAGGUCGAUGGCUUACCUCAAGUGGAAGACGAUUUCCACGGUCAAUUCAACAGGCAUUGACAGAGCUGGAGGGCGUAACUGAGAAGACAAUCCGCCGUAACCCACAGACAGAGUCGGAGCAAUCCGAAUGUCCGAUCUGUCUCGGGCCCCUCUAUCCCAGAGAAGGCCAUGCAUCCACAAUAGUAGAAGCAGAUAAAGUCGAUGUAGAGGCAGGCCAAGGAGUAGCAGCAACCUGCACAACUACCGAAGUGACAACUGUGGAGAGCAAGAACCAACCCGUGCAGCCUAUUAACGACGACAUCCUCAAGAUGAAGAGAUGCACCCACCUCUUCCACGCUCGUUGUUUGGCGAUGUGGUUUCUAAGAAAGAAAUAUAAUUGCCCUGUCUGCCGAACCCCUUACUACCAGGUAGUUGAUGACGGCAAUUCUAUGGAGAAUAGUUCAGCACCUCCUCCACUACCUGUUGUUGCGUUCUGGUGAUUUAGCAACAUAACCGACGCGGUGCUUGAGCUCAAGCAACCCUAACACAUACGAGAAUACUCAAGAGACGAUAUUAACCCAAGAAUUGACGAAAGAAUACGACAUGAAUGAUUCGUGAUAGGCUAGGCAUUGAGAGGCUCAAAGGUGGAUUAUUCAAAGAAAUGGCGUUUAGGACAUCUUGGAACGGGAACAAGGACAGGACAUUGCAAAGGAAUGGGCGUUUCGUGAGUAGGACUUCUCGAAUGAUCUGUUUCGUUGCAAGACAAUUGAUACCCCGGCUAUAGCUUCAUGUUUGAAUGAGGAUACUAUGAUGUUAUGAAAUCAAUGAAAUCAAUUUUUAUUAAUUGAAAUAUGUGAAGUUGAAG